ACAUGCCUGAACCACCUAAAGCAGGAAAGAAGGGCUCAAAGAAAGCCGCUUCUAAGGUCACCAAGACCGGCAGGAAGAGGAAGCCGAAGAGGAGGGAGAGCUACGCCAUCUACGUGUACAAGGUGCUCAAGCAGGUCCACCCCGACACCGGCAUCUCCUCCAAGGCCAUGGGCAUCAUGAACUCCUUCGUCAGCGACAUCUUUGAGCGCAUCGCCGGUGAGGCCUCCCGUCUGGCUCACUACAACAAGCGCUCCACCAUCACUUCCAGGGAGAUCCAGACCGCCGUCCGCCUCCUGCUGCCCGGGGAGCUGGCCAAGCACGCCGUGUCUGAGGGCACCAAGGCCGUCACCAAGUACACCAGCUCCAAGUAAACACCUCUGCUCUCACUCACACACACAGCUAC